CACUGACUCGCAGAACCGGUUGGUUUGGCCCAGCUUCUUCUUUCCUGCCUUCUCGCGGUGUGUGUGCGCGCUGCCGCUGUUGUUGCCGCCGCCGCUGCUGCUGUUGUUGUUGUUGCUGCUCCUCCUGCCUGGUGUCAACCUACACCGACGAGAGAAGAAGACAUAUCCCUCCCUCUCUCCUGUCAGAGGGCCGCUUCCAAUUUGCCUUCACUUUCCUCCUCGCCGGCACCAUUGGCUUCCGUGCCGUGCCAGUCAACUCGCCUCCUUCUCCCAGCCCGAGUUGAGCAGCAGCAACAGCUCGGAAACAUCUGGCCGCCGCAGAGUGCUAGACUCCCCCGUCCCUGCGCCUGCUCGCCACGGCAGCCUGUUAUGGAAAUUAGUCCAAAGUCAAUCUAGUUUUGUCUCCGAAGGAAAAAGAGGGAUUGGACGGAGGAAGACGUUGGACCGUGUUGUCUGUUAUGAGGACGGCAGGAUGGAGUUCCCAGACCACAGCAGACAUUUACUUCAGUGUCUGAGUGAGCAGCGGCACCAGGGCUUCCUGUGUGACUCCACGGUGCUGGUGGGUGAUGCCCAGUUCCGGGCCCACCGUGCUGUGUUGGCCUCCUGCAGCAUGUACUUUCACCUCUUCUACAAGGACCAGCUGGACAAGAGAGACGUGGUGCACCUCAACAGCGACAUUGUCACAGCCCCGGCUUUUUCCCUGCUCCUGGAGUUCAUGUAUGAGGGCAAGCUGCAGUUCCAGGACCUUCCCGUAGAGGAUGUGCUGGCAGCAGCCAGCUACUUGCACAUGUAUGACAUUGUCAAGGUGUGUAAGAAACGUUUGAAGCAGAAGGCCACGGCGGAGGCAGACAGCACGCGCAGAGAGGAAGAUGGCGGAUCCAGCUGCUCCGAUAAGGCUGACAGUCUAUCAGAUGGUUCUACAGAGCGGCCUGCUACAGCCGACCUGCUGCAUAGUGAUGAAGAGGAGGAGGUGAAGACAGAGGGAGGAGCGCUUUGGCUGAGACUGCCGUCUGCAGACAGACCAGGAACACCAGCCAUGGCUACAACCAGCCCAGGGCAUGGUGAGGCGGAGAUGCAGGGUGGGGAAGGGCUGGGGGAGGGAGGGAAACUGCUCUCCCCGGCCGGCAGCCCUACUAGCUCCACUGGAUCCCUCUCACAGAGGUCCCAUCGCUCUGUGGGCUCUCGUGGAGGGCGCAGGGGCAGGAGGGUGUCAAAUGAUGCGGCUGACUGCGUCCUGGACCUGUCAGUCAAGCCGAUUGCCGGUAGCAACCACAGUAACCACCACCAGUCCUAUUUCAGCGGGGCAGCUACACCAGACAGCCUCCAAAGCCCAUUGGCUGUGAGGGUGAAGGUGGAGAGGGGUGUGGCUUCAGACGAGGAAGAGGAACUGGGAGGUGGGGACUAUGACAUGGAGCACAGCGGCAUCACCAAGGCAACGGUUCCCAGCGCCAACGGGGGCCUGACCCACCACGGGGUCGGAGGGCCUCUGUCGGCCCAGCGGCGGCUCGGCCUGGAAGCACACCUGUCCGCUCUGCGAGAGGCCUCUCUGGCCUCCGAGCUGGAGCGGGAGGAGAAGCCUUCGGCCACAGCAGAUGAUGAGGACAUACUCGGGGGUGAAAACGAGCGCGCCCAGGCCGAGGUGGCCAGCAUGGAUAGUUCCCUGCUGCCCUACGUCUCCAACAUGCUGUCAGCUCAGCACACCCAGAUCUUCAUGUGCCCGCUGUGUAACAAGGUUUUCCCCUCCCCGCACAUCCUCCAGCUUCACCUCAGCUCCCACUUCAGGGAGCAGGAGGGCAUCCGCUCCAAGCCCGCUGGAGACGUCAAUGUGCCCACCUGCACCAUCUGCAGCAAAACCUUCUCCUGCAUGUACACGCUGAAGCGCCACGAGAGGACACACUCCGGUGAGAAACCCUACACCUGCACCACCUGCGGCAAGAGCUUCCAGUACUCACACAACCUCAGCCGCCACGCAGUGGUGCACACGCGGGAGAAGCCGCACGCUUGCAAGUGGUGCGAACGGCGCUUCACGCAGUCCGGGGACCUCUACCGACACAUUCGCAAGUUCCAUUGCGAACUGGUCAACUCGCUGUCAGUAAAGAGCGAACCGCUGGCACUGCCCAAUGUCAGGGACUGGGCGAUCGAGGACAGUUCCCAGGAACUGUGGAAGUAGAAACAGACUGCUGGGUUUGAUAAAGGGAAAGAGAGCAGAGAGUGAAAGAAAGGCAGAGAGGCAUGGGGAGGUGAAAGGGAGGUGGCAAAGUUUGAUAUUCGGGGUUCAAAUGAGUCAUCUUCUUGUGUGUCGCAAAAUCUCAUUCAAUUGCACUUUAAUAGCACAUGAAAAUGUUACUACUGAGUUUUUUCUGUUGUUGUUGCUGUUUGGGGUAACUUUGUUUUAUUUUAUUUUAUUUUAUUCUGAACUCUUAUUUUUAUUUGGCAUAAGUUCUGUUUGGUGGUUUUCAUUGUGUCUAAGGACACGGGUCCUGCUGAGAAUGUCUCGCCUUUUUGAAGAGUUUUUUCACUCUUGUUUGUGUUUCAUCUCAGACACAACACUCCAACGCUGGCCAGCGUAUCGGCCCCAGUUCCACAGACAGCAAACACCACGGCAGGAGUUCAGGUCGAACACACUGAAGUGAAAAAGCAUUACAAUACACUAAACGGGUUCUGUGAUCACCACAAGUCAAUACCACCGCACGCACACACAGUUUGGAGAAGUGUGUGUGUGUAUGCGUGUGUGUGUGCGUGUGUGUGUGUGUGUGUGCGAUACUGCACUACUCUGGCAAAAAUUUCACCUGAUGUGCGUAAGUGUGUGUGAGUGUGUUUUGUGUGUAUUAAUUUUAUUUUCUACUGGCAUGGAGGUGUCGUUGGCGAAGCGCUCUCUGCUUCUCUUGUUAAGCUCUUUGGUGUUGUGUGUUCAGGGUAAAGCGGACUGACAGACAGACAAACUGAUGGCACUCAUGCAAUGCACAGCCUCCUUUUUUCACUUCCAAUCAAUUUGAAGUAUUUUCUAAAAAUGAAAAGACCUUUACAAAUUAUUAUGAUAAUUAUUAUUGUUAUUAAUAGAUUUUGUUUUCCUUAAAUGUAGCUGGCAGUCUUUAAAACAUCUCUUGUUGAAAAGGUAUUUAAUUUAAGGUUGUUGUAUAUUGUUCUGCUAUAGUUUUAGAACUUUAAUCCGUUAAAUUUUAAAAAAAAAUUAUUGAUUAUUAUUAUUAUUAUUAUUAUUAUUAUUUUGUUACUUUUUUUUGUAAUGGGACCUGCUGUUGUUGCAUGACGUCCAAACCUGUAUAUUUUAAAAUAAAAAUGUGAAUUUGCUGUAUUACUGUACACAUUGUAAUUGAUCAAAUAUUUGACAAUGGGCUUUCCUUUUUCUUUUCUUUGUGAAUACUACUCCAGGGUGCGGUCUGUUAAAAAAGUGAAUAUUAUUCUCACGACUAUGGAAAAAAAAUGCAUGAAAAUUUGAUUUUGUCUUAAACCUUUCAGUUGUGUUUUUUGCAUCGUGGGGAGGGGGGAGGUUUGAACAUAACACUUUCAACAGUAAAAAGUUUUUUCUACUUGUCGUAGGUCUGUCGCUGGGCUCCUAGAAGAAUGUUACCGAAUGUGUUUCUGUCGGAUGUUGAAGCGAUAUGAUGAAGCAUUUUAAUUCUGUGUCGAUAUGCACUGAUCUCUCUGCUGCGUGCGCGUGUGUGUGUUUGUGUGUGGUUCGGUUAUUACCGGCCAAUUAAACCUACUGAAGAUCUACGUCCACCCAGCACUUCCUCCUCCUGCUCCUCCUCAGGCGUUAAAUUUCUCCACUGCUGUAUAUUUGUUUUCCAUCUCUCUCGUGUCUCCGUCCUCUCCAGCUCUAGACAUGGUCAAGCCAUUUAUUAAUUAUUUCUGCUCAUUGGGCACUUAUUUCAGGUCUGUUGAGUGCAGUUAUGUGGCGGUGACUUGGCUAAAGUGUGAAGGAUAACGGGGAGAGAGAGAGAGAAAAAAAAAGGAGAGAGGCUGAAACUGUCCUGCUGAAAGUUGAAGGGUCAGAUAUGUUUGUCACAGCUGUGCUGAGCUGAGCGGGGCUGUGCUGAUUUAGUACAACAACCCACCCAACUCAGCGCAGUGCAGUUCAUAGUAGACGCAGGUAGGGUGAGUGUUAUAAGAUGUCUGUAUGCAUGUGUUUUCUUCUUAAAACAUAAUCCUUACUUUGAGAUAGAUGGGAGAGAAUUGGCAUGACUGAAUGCACCUUUUUAAGCUAAAAGACAUGAAAUCAGAUUUUUUGCUGAAAAGAUGCCUUUAUUAGAAAACAUUUCUGACGCUAUGGAAGUAUUUAAUACUGUAGAGCAUUGGGAAAUAGUUGUUUAAAAUCAUGUAUAAAUUCAUGGAAUUUAUUGAAUUUAUCAGAAAAUUAUGUCUUAUUAUAUUUUGAUCGCGUGAAAACUUGUUUUUUUUUUGUAUGUGAAUGUUUGGGUCGGGGCUACAUCAGUUUAAUAUUUUUUUUUAACCUCUCAAAUGUUUUGUUGGAAUUUCAAAAUAAUGGUCAAGCGUUUAUACAAUCCAAAAACAUUUGACCAUACUGAAAAGUGAACGCUCCACAUCUCCCCUCACUCCAAUAUGGAUGUGUGUGUAUAUGUAUGUGUGCACACUCCCGUUGAUGUGCAUGUGGUGGGUGGGGUGGUUGUAUGUGCCGCCCUGUCAUCUGGUGGCACCUACAGGCUUUGCCAAUGCAGCAGUGUGGGUGUCAUUACGGCAGUUUGCACUGCAUUGUCUCAUUUAUUUUUUUUCCUCGAAACGCUAUUUCUUCACUGGCAGUGUCUCUGCAUAUGGGCUCACUCCAUCCGGCUGUUGUUUUCAUCAUUACUGCUGUUUUUUUUUUUUUGUUUCAUUCUGUUCCUCUGGUUGUACUUGAUCGCCUUAAACUGCUGUAGUCUGGGCUGUUUUUAUUAUUUUAUUUUAGAAGUGUGAGUGUGGGGUGGAGCGAUGUCAACCGCUCAAGACGCUGUGAAGUAACCACCCUGACGAGACUACAUCUCCAUCUUUUGCUGUGCUUACUUGAAAACAAAGGGGGGAGAUUUUUUUUUUUUAAUAAGGCACGGUUUAAAAAUAAAAUGUUCAAAUGUCAUAGACAGUUUAUGGAAAGGCAAAUGGGGGGUGGUGGGUCGGGGUUGUGAAAUGACUGAGUCUGUUUUGAAAAAGGACAAUCACUGUCUGGGGAAAAAAACAAGCAGAUUUUGAUUCAGAUAUAUUUGCUCCCCCUUGAGAUUAAAAUUUUCUUUGCUUUUCUUGGACGUUUCUCUUUUUUUUCAGAUUUAGUAAUUUUUAGCUUUGACAAUCAUAGUUGGGUUGAUUUACUUUUUUCUUCUCAAGGGGAGUAAAUUCUAAUUGUGUUUAGUUUUGUAAUUUUUUGGUGUGCUGUUGUUGACAUUUUUAAAUUGUGUGCAAACUGCAAUAAAUUAUAAGAAUCUUGAAAUUCAA